AUGGCCUUCUUCAACUUAUGUCUAUUGGGAUAUCAAAAUUCCUUUCGGAACAAAAAAAAGGACACAGCUGAAGAAAAAAACCAGAAGGAACCAGUGCCCACUAGGCUUCCCCCCAUUACCUCAGAAGAUGGGAAUUAUUCUGUGCACCAGAAUAGCCACACAAAGUACCACGAAGCUGUAAGGAAGGUGUUGUUGAAGACAUUCCCCAAUCAGGUCUUCAGAGUCCCCUUGACUGAUGCUCAGAAUUUCAGCUUCUGGCGAUCCCCUGAUCCCCGAGUGCAUCCAGAGGAAACCACACCAUGGAUCCAGAGCCCACGCCACUGUCUCAUCAAAAGCCCAAUGACCAGGUUUAUGGAUCAUUCUAUUCUCAAUGACAGAAACUUCAGUCUAUAUUGA